AUGCCGCUCGCUAACUCGACCGAAGCAAACGACGACCUGUCGCUUCCUAAAGCGACGGUCCAGAAAAUCAUCACCGAGAUCCUUCCCCCCUCAUCCGGACAAUCCUUCUCCAAAGAUGCGCGCGACCUGCUCAUGGAAUGCUGUGUCGAAUUCAUUACCCUGAUUUCCUCCGAAGCGAACGACAUCAGCGAGAAGGAAGCCAAGAAGACUAUCGCCUGUGAGCAUGUGGAGCGGGCUCUGCGUGACCUCGGGUUUGGCGAUUAUAUCCCGGAUGUCCUUGCCGUUGCGGAAGAGCACAAGGAGCAGUUGAAGUCCCGGGAGAAGAAGCAAAGCAAGAUGGAGCAGAGCGGAUUGUCUGAGGAGGAACUACUUCGCCAGCAGCAGGAGCUGUUUCGCUCGGCGACAGAAAAGUAUCAUGCUGCGCCGGAGGGCACCGAGUAA